GACAGUUGGUCCAGCCAUGAAUAUCACUCAGAUUCUGCUAGCAGCUCAAUCUGCAGAUGGCAACCUUCGAACAGUAGCAGAAGGGAACCUCAAGCAGUUCCAGGAGCAGAAUCUUCCCAACUUCCUCCUCUCCUUAUCAGUGGAGCUUUCGGAGGAUGAGAAACCACCAGAGUCUAGAAGACUUGCUGGUAUUAUCCUUAAGAAUUCUUUGGAUGCAAAGGACUCUGCAAAAAAGGAACUAUUGAUUCAACAAUGGGUCAGCCUAGAUCCAUCAAUCAAACAGAAGAUAAAGGAGUCACUGCUGAUAACAUUAGGAUCUUCUGUACAUGAUGCAAGGCAUACCUCAUCCCAAGUCAUUGCGAAGAUUGCAUCCAUUGAGAUCCCCCGGAGGGAAUGGCAAGAACUCAUUGCCAAAUUGUUGGGCAAUAUGACACAACAGGGUGCACCUGCUCCACUAAAGCAAGCAACUCUAGAGGCCUUAGGGUAUGUAUGCGAGGAGAUUUCUCCUGAACACUUGGAGCAGGAUCAAGUGAAUGCUGUUCUGACUGCUGUUGUCCAAGGGAUGAAUCAGACAGAGCUAAGCCCUGAAGUUCGUCUUGCGGCAGUUAAAGCCCUGUAUAAUGCUCUUGAUUUUGCUGAGAGCAACUUUGCAAAUGAAAUGGAGAGGAAUUAUAUAAUGAAGGUCAUCUGUGAUACUGCUGUAUCAAAAGAAAUGGAGAUCAGACAGGCAGCCUUUGAAUGCCUUGUUGCAAUUGCAUCCACAUAUUAUGUACACUUGGACCCUUACAUGCAAACCAUAUUCAAUCUAACAGCUAAUGCUGUCAAAGGAGAUGAAGAAGCAGUUGCACUUCAAGCUAUUGAGUUCUGGAGCACUAUUUGUGAUGAAGAGAUUGAGCUCCAAGAAGAAUACGAGGGAUCUGACGAUGCUAAUUCUACAGUAAAUUAUCGUUUCAUUGAGAAAGCCCUUCCUUCACUUGUUCCAAUGCUGCUAGAGACUCUGUUAAAGCAAGAGGAAGAUCAAGAUCAAGAUGAUAAUGUAUGGAACAUUUCCAUGAGUGGUGGGACAUGCCUUGGGCUCAUCGCUAGAACUGUUGGCGAUGCAAUUGUCCCUCUUGUUAUGCCGUUUGUUGAGGGUAACAUCGCAAAACCUGAUUGGCAUUGUCGUGAGGCAGCUACUUUUGCAUUUGGUUCCAUCCUUGAAGGUCCUUCUGUUGAGAAACUUGCUCCCCUGGUACAGGCUGGCCUUGAUUUCUUGCUCAACACAACCAAAGAUCCAAACAGUCAAGUAAGGGACACCACUGCAUGGACUCUUGGUAGGGUAUUUGAGCUCCUGCAUUCUCCAACCAGUGCAAAUCCCAUCAUAACAACUGCAAACCUUCCUCGUAUCAUGAAUGUGUUGCUGGAAAGUAGUAAAGAUGUUCCAAAUGUGGCUGAGAAAGUCUGUGGAGCCAUAUAUUUUCUUGCCCAAGGUUAUGAAGAUGCAGAGUCCAUCUCAUCUGUGCUUACACCUUUUCUUCCUAAUCUCAUUGCCGCUCUCCUUUCUGCUGCGGAUCGGGCUGACACCACCCAUUUCAGGCUUCGUGCAUCAGCUUAUGAAGCAUUGAAUGAGAUUGUGAGAGUCAGCAACGUACCUGAAACAUCAGGCAUUAUAGGGCAGUUACUGCAGGAGAUCAUGAGGAGAUUGAAUCUGACGUUUGAGCUCCAUAUACUUUCAUCAAGUGACAAGGAAAAGCAAAGUGAUCUUCAGGCGUUACUGUGUGGUGUACUGCAGGUCAUCAUUCAGAAAUUGAGCAGCUCAGAUGCUAAGUUGAUAAUCGCCCAGACUGCUGAUCAGUUGAUGCUUCUGUUUCUCCGUGUCUUUGCUUGCCACAGCUCUACUGUACAUGAGGAAGCAAUGCUUGCCAUUGGUGCUCUCGCUUAUGCCACUGGCACAGAUUUUGUGAAAUACAUGCCUGAGUUUUUCAAGUACCUGGAAGCUGGCUUACAGAACUAUGAAGAGUAUCAAGUCUGCUCCAUCUCUGUAGGAGUGGUGGGUGAUAUCUGUCGUGCCUUGGAAGACAAAAUUUUGCCCUUCUGUGAUGGGAUUAUGUCUGUUCUUCUCAAGGACCUUUCAAACUCAAUGCUCAAUCGUUCUGUUAAGCCCCCAAUUUUUUCAUGUUUUGGAGACAUUGCUCUUGCGAUUGGUGAUAAUUUUGAGAAAUACCUUCCUUAUGCGAUGCCAAUGCUUCAAGGAGCUGCCGGACUUCUUGCUGUUUUGGACCAUACCGAUGAGGAUAUGGUUGAUUAUGGUAACCAGCUCAGACGGGGAAUCUUUGAAGCUUACUCUGGCAUACUCCAGGGUAUAAAGGGUGCAAAAGCUCAGUUGAUGAUACCCUAUGCAAGCCAUCUGCUGCAGUUCACUGAAGCUGUCUACAAGGACCGGAGCAGGGAUGAGAGCGUGACAAAGGCUGCAGUUGCUGUCCUGGGGGACCUUGCGGACACACUCGGCCCAAGCUCCAAGGAUCUGUUCAAGAGCAACCUCUUCCAUGUUGAGUUCCUGAGGGAGUGCAACGAUUCAGAUGAUGAAGUCAGGGACACUGCGUCAUGGGCACAGGGAAUGAUAAAUCAAGCGCUGGUUUCUUAAGGGAGGGGAUUAUUUUGUUUUGUCAGUUAUUGGGGAGGUUUCUUUUGUGGCUGUGCCAAGACCAUUUGCCACAGAUGGAUGAAAGAAUACCAACAUAUAUGUAGCGUCAGUCGUAGGACCCCUUGUCUGUCGUAGGCUUCUUCUGUGCUUUGUUUGUCAGUCUGUCAAGUCAGUUAUGCGUCACAUUUGGCGUGGGUGGAUUCUGGCAUUGAAUGUCUUGAACAGCUAAACGUGUUAAUGUAUUCUACCUGUGGUGUUUAAUCCAUUC